AUGCCUCACGAUGAAAUCUGCAAGGAACCAUAUAGUCUGCCGAAAGAAUUCGAAUGGGCUCGACAACCACCUGGAUAUAAAAAGUUUCACUAUCGCUGUAGAUACAUGUAUAUUCUCGUUGAAAAACUUGAGCCACAAAGCUCAUUGUCAAGUGAUAAAAAUUACACGAAACAAAUUCACCUUAAAAGUGUUAAGCAAAAAUUCAAGCUAGGAAAACCUGAUUCAUAUCUCAAAGAAUUUGAAGGCGAUGAUGUCGAGGAAUCUUCAUAA